GUCGGGGAGAUCCUGAGCUCUGCAGACCCCUCGGCCAAGGCCAGGCUGACCAUCAGCUGCCCUGACUUUGGGGAGUGGAAGGACUCGGGCUUGGACCAUCACAACCUCCAGGAUUUCAUCGAGCUGCGCUACAACCCGGGCUGCAUCCUGCCAGAGAUGGAGGGGCUGGAGGAGUUCAUGGAGUACCUCUCGGCGUCGCUGGGGCACCUCUCGGAGUCGCUGGAGCCCCAGUCCCCCUUCGACCUCCUCGAGCCCCCCACCAUGGUCGGCUUCCUCAAGCUCUCCAAGCCCUGCUGCUAUAUCUUCCCGGGCGGGAGAGGGGACUCGGCUUUUUUUGCCGUCAACGGCUUCAAAGUUCUGGGCAAGGGAGGGUCCAACCCAAAAUCAGCCUUCUAUCAUUUCUGGAAGCUGGUCAGGCACCUGGACCGCAUCGACUCCAUCCUGGUGACGCACGCGGGCACGGACAGUCUGCCCGGGGUCAACAGCCUGCUGCAGAGGAAGCUGGCCGAGCUGGAGGAGGACCCGUCCCAGAGCUCGCAGGGCAACGGGGACUGGGCGAAGAACCUCAUCUCCCCAGAGCUGGGCGUCGUCUUCCUCAACGCCUCCGAGAAGCUGAAGGACAUCGAGGGCAACUCCCGGGUGCUGAAGAGCUGCGACGAGGCUGCCCUGACCCUGCACUACCUGGAGAAGCUGGGCAUCCGUCCCAACCCCCUGGCCCGGGACGGCGGACCCCGCGCGGAGCCCACCGUGCUCUUCCAGAAGAUGGGAGUGGGACGGUUGGACAUGUACGUCCUGAACCCCGUGAAGGGCACCAAGGAGCUGGAGUUUCUCCUGCAGCAGUGGUCGGGCAACAGCUACCCCAAGGAGCAGGAUUUGCCCCUGCAGUGCCUGACCUCUGUCUGCGCCCUGCUCGUCUGGCACCCCGUCAGCCCCUCCGAGAAGAUCAUCCGGGUCCUCUUCCCCGGCUGCACCCCUCAGGGCCGCAUCCUGGAGGGGCUGGAGAAGGUGAAGCACCUGGAGUUCCUCAAGCACCCCGUGGUCACCAAGAACGACUUGAAGGGGCCGUCGGCGCCCCAACCUGAGAAGCUGCUGAAGCAGAGGAGAGCAGAGAGCAAGGAGAGCCUGAAGUCGGCUUCCAAGCUCAGCUUGGUGGACGCCGGGACGCCGGCACUGAAGGAAAAGGCUCCGUCAAAGGUGGAGAGGAAGGAGGUGAAGGCAGGGACCAAGGAGAAGCCAAAACCCCUGGGGGAGACGGCCAGGGCGGGGUCAGAAGAAGAGAAAGCCAAGGAUGCCCGAGCCAAGCUGGACCCUACGACGGAGAAGCUGAAGGUGGACACCAAGCCAAAGCUGAGCAAGGAGAAG